GAAUAAAAGAUGACAACAGCAGCGAGACCAACUUUUGAACCUGCAAGAGGUGGAAGAGGAAAAGGAGAAGGGGAUUUGAGCCAGCUGUCAAAGCAGUAUUCAAGCAGAGACCUUCCCUCCCAUACAAAGAUAAAAUACAGACAAACUACACAGGAUGCCCCCGAAGAGGUUCGGAACCGUGACUUCAGGAGAGAGUUGGAAGAGAGAGAGAGAGCUGCUGCAAGGGGAAAGAAUAGGGACUGUCCAACCCGAGAACAUGCGACUUCCUCUUCAGUGUCAAAGAAGCCCCGCUUAGACCAAAUCCCUGCUGCCAUCCUUGAUGCCGAUGAUCCUCUCACUGAUGAGGAAGAUGGGCAUUUCGAAGGGGAGAGUGAUGACGAUGAUGCUGCUGCUCUUCUUGCAGAGCUGGAAAAAAUCAAGAAGGAAAGAGCUGAAGAGCAGGCCAGGAAGGAACAAGAACAAAAAGCAGAGGAAGAGAGAAUUCGCAUGGAAAACAUUCUGAGUGGAAACCCUCUCCUUAAUCUCACUGGCCCAUCCCAGCCUCAGGCCAACUUCAAGGUUAAAAGAAGGUGGUACGACGACGCUGUUUUUAAGAACUGUGCAAAAGGUGUAGGUGAUCAGAAGAAAGACAAAAGAUUUGUAAACGAUUCACUGCGAUCUAAAUUUCACAAAAAGUUCAUGGAGAAAUAUGUUAAGUAGUGCAGUUUUAUGUGCUUAAUAAAAGACUGAAAUGCCAAGGGAAAAAAA